AUGGAGGGUGUCACAAAGUUAUCUAUUGAACAAAUUCAACCCCCUACUUAUGGAAACUUAGUAACCAUUCUUAGCAUUGAUGGUGGUGGCAUUAGGGGCCUCAUCCCUGCUGCAAUUAUUGAAUUCCUUGAAUCUCAACUUCAAGAAUUGGACGGUGAAGAUGCAAGACUUGCAGACUACUUUGAUGUAAUAUCAGGAACAAGCACAGGUGGUCUUGUUACCGCCAUGUUAGCUGCUCCGGAUCAAAACAAUCGUCCACUUUUUGCUGCCAAAGAUAUCAAACCCUUCUACCUUGAACACUGCCCAAAAAUAUUCCCACAACAUAGAGGCGUAGGUGGGAUUAUGUUAGCGAAAGUAAUAAGAUCUCUUGGAGGACCUAAAUAUGAUGGAAAAUAUCUUCAUGAAGUUGUAAGACAGAAACUUGGUGACAUUAAGUUGAAUGAAACCAUCACCAACAUUGUUAUUCCCACAUUUGAUAUCAAGACUUUGCAGCCAAUUAUUUUCUCAUCUUAUCAGAUUAAGAAAACUCCUUACUUGAAUGCAAAACUCUCAGACAUAUGCAUUAGUACAUCUGCUGCACCCACGUAUCUUCCUGCUCAUUGCUUCGUAAAUAAAGAAGCUGGAAAAGAAGAAGAGUUCAAUCUCAUUGAUGGCGGUGUUUGCGCAAAUAAUCCCGCUUUAGUUGCUAUGAAUGAAGUAACAAAGCAAAUCAUCAAUCAAAGUCCGGAUUUCUUUCCAAUCAAGCCUUUGGAAUAUGGAAGAUUUCUGAUCAUUUCAUUAGGGACUGGAACAGCAAAAAAUGAGGAAAAGUUUAGUGCACAAAUGGCUGCAAAAUGGGGAUUAUUGGAUUGGUUAACACAUAGUGGUUCUAAUCCUUUAAUUGAUGUUUUUACUCAAUCAAGUGGUGAUAUGGUUGAUUUUCAUUUAUCUGCGGUUACUCAAGCUCUUCAUUCAGAAGAUAAUUACCUUCGAAUUCAGGAUGAUACGUUGACUGGAAUAGAUUCUUCGGUCGACAUUGCUACCGAGGAAAACUUGAAGAAACUUUGCCAAAUUGGUGAGAACUUAUUGAAGAAACCAGUUUCUAGGGUUAACUUAGAAAAUGGUCACUUUGAGCCACUGAAAAGUGGAGAAACUAAUGAAGAAGCUCUCAAGAGGCUUGCAAAAAUACUUUCACAAGAGAGGAGACUCCGCGAAAUGAGAUCCCCACAUACAAGUAGAGGCAGGAAAAAUCGGCAUCUAGCUUAA